AUGUGCGAGACCACGUCAGAAGACCGACUGAUCGUCGAACGCUACUUUCUGAUCGGCGUCUUCGGAAGCACUUUAGCUCUGUUCGGAUUGUUGGCGAAUGGUUUGCUAGCUACGCUCUUCUUGACUAGGGCCAACUACAGGCAUUCACCGUUCUUCUUCCUUGGAUUUGUUGCGUUGUUCGACACACUUUUCGAUGCGACAUUUCUUCUAUUGUUGUCCGUUCCCGUCAACGCCGAAUACUUCGACAACUACGUCCUAUUUAUGCUCUGGCUGAACUAUAUGCCAAUUUUGUAUCUUUUCUCACAGAUAUUCAAAAUGGCAUCGGUUUUCUGCCUGAUUAUGGCUAGCAUCGAGCGGUAUGGGAUGACGAAGCAUUGGACAUUCACGGGAUUCGAACGAAAAACUCGAUGGUUGGCGCUGCUGUUUGUCGUUGGAAUGACUAUUAUUAUCAAAAAUAUUACUGCGGAUAUCACCGUAAUCGAACGUGAUGAAUGUGUUGGCUAUCGGCGAUUCAAAAUCAUUACUCGUAGAGUGGAUUCCUAUCACAUCGGACUUUUCAACACGGCUGCAAUAUUUGUUCCUUUUUUCACGUUAAUUUUUCUUAAUGGAGGAAUAGUGUUGAUGUUGAGGAAGCAGAAUGUUCAGCAACUUCGUUCACUCAUCACCGAGUUGACGAUGGGAACGGAUGUGAUGAAAAUUCGGCGACGUAAUCUACGCUCAGCCACCAACACACUGAUCGUGAUCAUAUCCGCGUAUUUGAUUUCAAAUCUUCUGAAUGUCUAUCUGACCAUCACUGAAUACUUUGAUGGAGACUUUCUUCACGUACAUCAUCCGGAUUUUUUCCGACUAGCCGCCGAUUUCGCCGCUGUGCUUGCUGUAAUAGGAAACGCCAUAAGAUGUCCAGCACAUUUCCUGUCGAGUUCGGAAAUUCGACAACAAUUCUCGUUGAUGUUCUUUGGUGAAGUUGUGGAAAAGAAAAUCGAGGCAACUCCACGAAGAUGCAGUGAACGGCUUGAAAAUCCGUGGAUCUCUUUGCUACUGACUGUCCACGAAAGAGAUCAACCAAGUACAGCUCUUCUCUCUGAUAGAAGCUAUGCGAAAAGACAUAGUACCAUUGCCAUUUGUUGA